AUGAUGGGAAAGCAAACACAGGUCACUGCGUUAGAGAAGGCAACAAAGUGGAACAUUUAUCUCCUACUCGCUGCUGCAGUGUCCGGCCUUUCUGCAUCUGCAACAACAAAACUCACUGUUUCUGGAAAUGCUUUAGUAAAACUAUCUUUACCAAAAGCCACAGAAGCUGCGUCAGUCGCGCGUCAGCCCCUCUCCCCCUCCGUGGUCCCCGGUCCCCUCUCCGUGGUCCCCGGUCCCCUCACCGUGCUCCCCGGGUCCCUCCAGUCUGAUGAACACACACAAACCCCCGGGCCCCAGGACGUGACGGUGACCUGCGCCUGGCCUCACUUAGUCCUGCGCGUCAAACAGAGCUUCUACGGGCUGGGGGCCGGCGCCAACGACCUGAGACUGGGUACGAGCUGCACAAGCAACGGGGAGGGGGCUGAUGGAGACCUGCUGUUCACCUACCCGCUCUCACACUGCGACAGCCACUACGAGCUGUCCUCUUCUUAUCUGCUCUACAAGUUUGUUCUGCACUAUGACCCCUCUCCAAAGCGAUUUCCAAGUAAUGCCCAUCCUGUUCAUGUGGACAUUGAAUGUCGAUAUCCGAGGAACCACUACCUGCACAAACUGGCCAUACAGCCCACUUGGCAAACUCCCAUUCUGCACAAGAGGCUGAGGGCGACUCGAGGCGACUUCCAGAUCCAGCUGAUGGACGACACUUGGGAAAAUCAAGUCAAAUCCAAGGUUUUCCAGCUCGGGGAAAUGGUCAACUUCCAGGUCUCUGCUCUGCUUUUAACCGCUGGUCAAAAACUGUACAUCAAGAACUGUUUUGCAGCUCCAGUGAGCGACUCCAAACCAAAUGUAAAGUUUACCCUUAUUGACAAUUAUGGCUGCCUCAUAGACAGCAAGUUGGAGCCAGGCGCGUCAAAGUUCGUCUCUCAAACGGAUGAGAGCAUAAGAUUCUCCAUGAAGGCCUUUCAGUUUGUCACCGACCCGGAUGCUGAGAUUAGUAUGCACUGCCAGUUGUAUGUCUCAUCUGCUGGUCCGAGCCAGGCACACAAGGCCUGCACCUACACACAAACAGGGUGGGAAGCCCUCUCUGGGGACGAUGUCAUCUGUAAAUGCUGCGACUCGCGAUGUGUGACCUCAAAACGACAAAGGGCCAUGAUGGACGGUGUUCUGAGGAGCGAGUCCCUGUGGGUGUCCAAUCAUCCAGACUCCUCCAGCCGACCUGAACACACUGGUGUGGACAAGAGGCUCGAGGGGACAGGAAAGGAAACUGCAGAUUUAGCUCAUGUUGAGAUCAAGAAAGGGGAUAGGACAGAUUUAGAAGAGCCGAAGUGGCAUCAACAUGAUGCAUAUUAUGAGGAAAAGUUUGUGGUUGAAGACAUAAUUAUGUUGAAUGUGACCACAGAGGAUCCUGGAUAUCAACCAGUUGUGUCAAACAAAGAAGCUGAUAUCAGGGAGAAGGUGAACCAGGGAGACAGAGAGGAUGAAGACACUACUUGGAUUUUCAAUUGGACAUAA